UUAUAUUAAUCUAUAAUCUCUGGAGGGGUUUUUGUCUGAAAUACAUAUGAAGAAGAUGAAGUGGUCGCCAUGGCAAUUAACCGGAGCUUCGUCCGACAAGUUUCACAUUAAGCUCAACAGGUUAAAGCUGGAAGGUUUUUCUAGUUAUAAAGUGAAGAAGAAGAAGAAUAAUGGAGAACAACAACAUGGAGUUGUAGCCAUUGAGGUCAACUGGAAAGGUCCGAAGACCGGAGUUGUAUUCGUUCCGUUUUAUGGACGAUCAUGGCGGCAAAGGAAUUGCACCGCUUGCAGAGCUUUGAGCAAAAAUGGCUCCCUCAUUGAAUGGGAGGAUGAAUUCCACAAAGUUUGUAGUUUUUCAACCAAAGACGCUUUGGAGUUGACUUUCAGCUUGUUAUAUGGAGAGAAUGCAGAAUCGAAUAGUAAAAUGGAGGUUUUAGGGACAGUUUCUCUGAAUCUAACAGAUAAGUUGGGUUCAGGGAUGAAAUCUGAUAUUGAAGCAAAGCUUCCUAUCGCUUUAAAGGUUGCUGGGAUUAUUAACGGCCAAGCCACACUUUCUGUUAAUGUAAGCUUUGCGGAGGUCAGAAACUCACAGGAUUUGGUUGGAAACGUUCACAACUCAACUGGGUCAGACGGAGACAAGUUGAUUAAAAGGGUCAACUAUUUUAGGAGUUUUAGAAAGACGAGGAAAAGCCAAGGCCCUGUUGAACCAUCAAUGAGCUGUGACUCGGACGAGUCUAAUAUAACCACCACUAGUACUGCUAGUGUCCCAUGCAAUUUGGAACAUUCCAGUUCAAAACCUGAAUUCAGAUCCCCCAUGGGUUCGGACUCACCAGUACCCGACCCGGUUAAGAAAAGCGUGUUGCUUUCAUGGAAGAGAAGGAGGUUGAGUUUUAAUCCUUCAAGGCUGAAAUUGGAAGUACCAUUGAUUCAGAAUACAAACAGAGUGGAUGACAAAGUGGAGGAGAUUGACGGGUCAUUGCCUACGGGUUCCAUAGAGAAAGCGAAUUCCCCUAAAGAUUGCUGGGAAAUAAAGAAAGUAAUCAGCAGAGAUGGACAAGCAAAGCUCAAAACCCCGGUGUUUUUCGCCUCCUUUGAUCAGCGGAGCGAAAUGGCUGCUGGAGAAAGUGCCUGCACAGCACUGGUGAUGGUUAUUGCCCACUGGCUUCACUCAAACCAGGAUGUUAUGCCGUCGAAAUCCCAAUUCGAUAGCCUUAUUACUGAGGGUUCCACGGAGUGGCAAAAACUAUGCAACAAUGAGGCUUACUCAAACUUCUUCCCCAACAAACAUUUCGACCUUGAAACAGUCUUGGAAGCUGACCUCAGACCUUUAGCUGUUUGGCCUGAGAACUCUUUUGUUGGUUUCUUCAACCCCGAGAAGUUCGAGAGCUUGAAGGAAGCAAUGUCAUUCGAGAAGAUAUGGAACGAGAUAAGCAAUGACUCUGAAGUUUACGAUCCAAGGAUAUACAUCGUGAGUUGGAACGACCAUUUCUUUGUGUUGAAAGUAGAAGCCAAUGCUUACUAUAUCAUCGACUCAUUGGGUGAAAGACUCUUCGAGGGAUGUAACCAAGCCUACAUACUCAAGUUUGAUGAUUCGAGUGUCAUGUAUAGGGAGAAGAAGAUAGCAGAGGACAGGGAAGGAAGCAUAAACGAAGAGGAGAAUAUGCAAGAAGUAAUUUGCAAAGGAAAAGAGUGUUGCAGAGAGUUUAUCAUAAGGUUUUUGGCCGCCAUACCACUUGGGGAACUUGAGGAAGAAGAGCAAAAAGGAUUAGUUCCUACUUUACCACUCCACCAGAGACUGCAGAUUGAGUUUCACUACAGCUACUCACCACCUUCAUCUUCUGCUUCUUCGGCCUUUUCAACUCCCUCUCCUCCCUUCUCAGGUGAAGAUUGUAAAAAAAUAAAGUAGCCGAAUUGUUUAGUAGGGGUUUUUCCCCUUCUUUAGAGAUCAGUAUACAAUACAAGUUUUGAUUAUAUGAAUAUAUAACAAACACUAUUCAAAAACACGAAAAAUGAAACUGUUGAUGUUUCAUCCAGACAAA